AUGAGCAAAGACGUAUCCGAUCUCCUAAAUCCAAUAUUUGUAAGCGAACAAGAGUCCUCUCAUGCCUCUUCCGCUAUCACAGGAACAACAACUACUACACGUCGUCAACCCCCAUUAAUGGCGAGCAGUAUCUCAUUAUUACCGCCCGAAAUUCUUAAUGCACGACAUGAUUUUAGUAACCAGGGUCUAAGCGACGCUGAGAUUCGUAAACGCGAAAGCGCAGUCGCCUUUUCGAAAUUCAAUUUUCACCCUGUUCCUCCUGUUCGUGCUAACCAUAUCGUCAAAAGACGAUUGUCAUCGCCUGAGCAUUCAUUAUUUAAUUCACGUCGAGAUUUUUCGCGAGUUAGUAAUAAAAACAGCGAUAACAACAACAAAAAUGGCGAUAAUAACAUUUUUUCUUUCGACGCGCCGAUAGAUCAGACGUAUACGAGAAAUAACAGAUUCGAUCAAGCGUUUUCUACAUCGUCGUCGAACCCCCAAGAGCUAGCGAAAGCCCCUAAUUAUAAUUAUUCGCUGAGGAAUUCGAAUAAUCAAAUACCUAAUGUAACGCUUAGGCCAGUGUCCGAGCUCCUUGAUCGAUUUAGACCUCUAUUUUCUUUCAAUCUUUUCAAUGCUGUCCAAACGCAAUGUAUUGAUACGGCAUUGUACUCGAAUGAAAAUUUUGUCGUUAGUGCUCCAACUGGAGCAGGCAAAACCGUCAUUUUCGAACUUGCAAUGAUCAAUUUAUUAAUGCAGAAUACUGGUGCAAAGAUGGUUUAUAUGGCUCCGACAAAGGCGUUGUGUUCUGAGCGUUCUCGUGACUGGCAACGAAAGUUCAAAGCUAUUGGGGUGUCGUGCGGUGAAUUGACGGGAGACACAAAUCAGGCGCAUGUCAAUGACAUAAAAAGAUGUGAUAUCAUUGUCACUACACCGGAAAAAUGGGAUUCAAUGACGCGUCGUUGGAAAGAUCACGGACAUCUACUCGAAUUGUUGAAACUAUUUAUGAUAGAUGAGGUGCAUAUGUUAAAGGAAAAGCGAGGUGCUACUUUGGAGGCAGUCGUUAGUAGAAUGAAAACGAUGGGAAACGAUAUUCGAUUCGUUGCGUUAUCUGCAACAGUACCUAAUGUCGAUGAUGUGGCAUCAUGGAUUGGUUCUAAUACUGGUCGAAGUGCCAAAGUAUUGCAUUUUGGGGAGGAGUACCGUCCGGUGCGCUUGGUCCGUCAUGUUCUUCCUUUCCCGAUGGAAAAUCGCAAUGCUUAUCUGUUUGAUAAAAAAUUGGACUACAAGCUUCUCGACCUAAUACAAAACUACUCGAACAAUAAGUCUACACUGAUUUUUUGCGCCACCAGGAAAUCGACAGAAGCUGCUUGUAACGCUCUUAUAAAGCAAAUUCAGGAGUCUGGGCAUAGACUCGCGAUAAAGCCGCACUCGAGAAUUAUCACUAACAAAGAUAAAAAACUCCAAGACAUAUGCAGACAUGGUGUUGCUUAUCAUCAUGCGGGACUUGAUACUGAAGACCGAAAGCUCAUCGAAAGCUUGUUUAUUUCUGGUGCAAUACAAGUUGUUUGUACAACCUCUACACUAGCAGUUGGGGUUAAUUUACCUGCGCAUCUUGUUAUUAUCAAAUCGACCCUUACGUGGAAUAAUCAACAAUAUGUUGAGUAUUCCGACCUGGAAAUACUUCAAAUGUUGGGUCGUGCUGGGCGACCGCAAUUUGAUGAUAGUGGUGUAGCCGUAAUAAUGACCAGCAACGAAAUGAGAGAUAAAUAUGAAAAUUUAGUUUCAGGGACUGAGCUGUUGGAAAGCAGUUUACACGAGAAUUUGACCGAACAUCUGAAUGCGGAGAUUUCUUUGGGUACUAUCCAUCACAUCGAUGCAGCUAUGGCAUGGCUCAGGUCGACGUUUUUAUAUGUGCGAAUAAAAUCAAAUCCUACUUAUUAUAAGAUGAGUACGGAUGAGGGAGGGGUUGAGCAACAGCAAGAUCAUCAAAAUUUCGAAAAACAACUCGAAGAUAUUUGUGCUAAAGAUUUGGAUAUUUUGCAUGAUUCGGGUAUGAUCGUUCGCACUGAUGACAAUUUGAACAUAACUGAGUACGGAGAGGCAAUGGCCAAGUAUUAUAUGAAAUACAGAACCAUGGAAGAGAUCGUCAAUCUUCCACGGAUGUCAUCGCUUUCUAACCUUCUCGAGAUGCUUUCUAAAGCAGCAGAAUUCUCUGAUCUUCGUUGUCAUCAAGGUGAAAAACAGGUGUUGAACAACCUUAAUAAGCAUCCGCAGAUCAGAUACCCUAUCAAAGGAAAAGUUACUCGAGUGGAUCAUAAAGUCUAUGUCAUGAUUCAGUGCAUAUUGGGCCAUAUUGCUUUCUCGGAUCCUAAAAUGGGCUUUCAAAUGAAUAUUGAUGCGAAUAUAAUCCUUCAGCACUGUCCUCGCAUAAUGAACUGCAUCGUCGAAUGCAUGGUUCAAAAAAAAGAUGUGAUUGCUCUACGCAACGCAAUAAAUUUAGCUCGCUGCUUGAGAGCAAGGACUUGGGAAAACUCUCCGUUUAUUUUACGUCAGAUAGAUGGAAUUGGACAGCAAUAUGCACGUCAUUUUGCGAAUGCUGGAAUACAAACAUUCCUUCAAUUAGAGAAUUGUGAUCCAAGACGGAUUGAAAUGAUAAUUGGCCGUAAUCCUCCUUUUGGGAACCAAAUUCACGAUGCAUUGGCUAGCAUACCAAGGUUUAAACUAGACAUUUCCAAGUAUUCAGAAUACAAUCAACCAACGGAGAUUGAGUUAUUUAUUGAUAUCAAUCUCACUAAUCAAAAAAUCAAGACCAAUGAUAAUGGAAUGAGUUUGUUUGCCACGUUCUUGGCGGCAACAUCUGAUAAUAUGUUUUUGGACUAUCGCCGAUUUCCAAUAUUCAAGGCACAGCAGGGAUAUAAAUUUAGGUUUAAAGUGAAGCUUACUAGGCCUAAUCAACUAAUACAUUGUUCAGUAAUGUUGGAAGAUUAUGUCGGAUUGGAUGUGUCUCAAAGUGUUGCUCCUGAGAUGGAUUCCACCAUAUCGAACUUUACUAGUACGAUUCCUGCGUUUCUCAAUCAAGGAUCAGUUUGGCCGUCUCCGAAUCAGGCGAUAUUGAACGAAUCGAAUAAUUUUUUCAAUAAUAACAAUGUGGGAAAUAACGAAGUAUUAAUGUCACAAGAACAUCAACACGAUAUGAACCUCGAAUAUAGUCAUAAUCAAGAUCAGAUUGGCGGCGAUUCGCAGGAUAUAGAAGUCAUAGAAAUAUCAUUUAUGCAGGGACAAAGAAAAGUAAGUUUUUACAAUUUUCUGUCCGGAAAGAUUAGAUUAUCAUCGACUAAAACAAAUAAUUAUCAUAGAUGUGCUCAUGAAUGCUGUAAAGUAGGCUGUAGACACAAGCCAAAGAAACGUAAACUCCAGUCCACUUCGGCAAACACAUCAAUGGAAAUUAACAAUCCUGAAGAAAAGAAAAUCAAAUCAAAUGAUCAGACCUCAAUCUCGUCAUCAUCGACUCAUCCGACUUCGCAAGUGCAACAGAAAGAUGAUUUUCAUCAAGAUAUUAAUCAUUUGGACUAUAAUGAUAAAGAAAAUCAGGAUUUGAUGACUUCAUUCCAAGAUGAAAAUUAUGAUCUUUUUGAUGAUUACAACGACAACUUUAAUGAACAAAUUUCUACUUCGAAUGAUUAUCGAGCACAAUCAAUACACCAAGCGAGUCUGUCUGAUAACAACCCAUUCAAAAAGAGCCUAUCUGUUAAUAAUGUAUGUCAGCCUGAUAACAAUCCAUUCAAAACGAGCCUGUCUGUUAAUAAUGUAUGUCAGUAUGAUAACAACCCAUUCCGAACGAAACAGUUUGCUAAUAGUGUAUGUCAGUCUGAUAACGAUCCAUUCCAAACGAGCCCGGGUGGUUGUAACAGUACCAUUGGUAGUAGCCCGCAAAAUCCACUGAAAAUUAUUGACGAUUUCGCUGCACCCCUAUCAGAACCCAAUAAAUUACAUAACAAUAUGCACAAAUCAAAUGAAGCGUCUCCCACUAAUCUCAAAAGAGCCAAGAGUUUACUACCUGCUGAGCAGCCACAUUUCACCAAUACACCGAAUUUUUCAUCAUCAAAUAGUUUUUCAUUCUUUGAUACGAAACCACGUUCAAUAACCACCACCUCACAAAAUUCCCCACCAAAUGAUUAUCAAAAUAAUUACCGGAAUAACAAUGAAACUGUUUCUAAUUCUCAUAUUAUUGACAAGUAUCAUGGGACUACAUUAUAUUCUGAUGACUCCAAAAAACAAAGUGAACAGCAACACCCCGACACUAUAUAUCUUGGUCAUAACGUGAAUUCCUUCACAAGCAAAGAAAAAUCUUUAGUGGACGAAACUCGUGGUAUUCCACAUCCUCGCGGUGGGUUUGGUAUGGAUUUCUUAACUUGGCUAAAUAAUCAUACUACGUCAUCACAGGCAGCAAAGACAACGGAAGAGAAUCACAAACAAAAUAGAAGAUCAAAAGAGGGGAAAAACCUCAAUGGUGAUGGAAAACCGGAACUUCCAGCUUUUGAAUGGCAAGUUUCUAGCGAUGGAAGUCCAAGUCUUGGUGAUAGCAUCACGGAAGCUUCCACAACGGUGACACCACCUGUUGAUGCAAAACGUAAAUCACCUUUAACGAAAACUAUCGUCAACGUCAACCCAACUAAGCUCAAGAGAAGUUUAACGCAUAGUGAAUCGGGAAAAAUACGAUUACUGAAUAUACUCGAGAAUGAAACAACGUGCACCAAAUUCCGCGAAUAUCUAGUGUCACAGUAUUGUGAUGAGAAUCUGGAUUUUUACGAGGAUGUUUCGCAGUAUCGAUCAAUAUUUAAUGCGUCAUCAGAUACUUAUCCGUAUACUGAUUCUGAGGAGAUUGCUGCGUUCGCUGUUCAUAUAUUUGAAACGUAUUUAGACGAGGAUAUUUCGUCGAAACCGUUGAAUGUUCCUCAGGAUAUGAAGACUGCUUGUCAGCGACAAAUUGAAUCGAAGAACACUUUAAUACCACCACGAAAAUCUCUAUCAUCUGGCUCACUUCGAUCUAGAUUCUCGUCAUCCACUACGAUAAUUUCACUCCUUGAAAAUCAUCGCACCGGUAGAAAUUCAGUAUCAUUAGGUUCAGGUUCAUCUUUCAUUACCACGAAUCAACGAAUGUCAUUGGUUGGUGUAUCAAUUAGUAAUAUCACGCGUAGAAUAUUGACACGUCGUCGAGAUUCCACUUGUUCAGUUUCAAGCCAAACAUCUUCAAGUGGUACAUGCUCACCGAGUAAACGUCUAAGUGCAAUGCCAGGAUCAUAUCCAAGUCUUUCCCCUGAGAACAAGCAUGAUUCAGGAUGUGCUAGUAUCGAUCAUGAAGACUUUAAUGACUGUUCGCAAUUUGAUAAUCCUCUUCCCCCUACACCACCUCCUGUUCCUUCUAUACUACGACGUAAUGUUUCAACACCAAAUUUACAUUCAACUGCCACACAAGAUGCCCCGUCGUUAUCAUCGUCGUCGUCUUCAAUAAGAUCCUCGGCAUCGACCUCAACUACGACAAUCACAAAUAAUGAUAAAAAUAAUCUGACCAUAUUUGAUAAUCUAGAACCACCUCCAUUGCCACCUCGAAUUCCCUUUUCGUCACAAGUAGUUUAUCUUAACUCGAACAUUCUAAACAAAACUCUUCCCCCUACUCCCGAACAUGUGACCGCAUGA